GAAGCAUUGACGACACAGCGUCUGGCGUCUGCUACUUCACUGGCGUGAUACCCCGAGACCAAGGAACUGACCACAACUCAACAUGAGCAUAAGAACUACCAUUAGAAUCACCUUAUACGUGGUGACUCUACUCGACAUCCUCUCGUGCGGUGAAUCUGGCUACCAGCAGCAACAAUUUCUGCCGGUCCAGGCAAAAACGUUCCACAAGAGCUGCCUCCUCGGAAAUGUCGACAUGUCAUCCUACCCUGACAACUCGCUGGCUCUCUUCGACUGCGGCAAGCAGUGCAUGUUGAGAGAUAACUGCAGGCUAUUUUGCUUCAAUUCAGGCACGAUGAGCUGCGACCUCCUGGAGUGCUUCGUGUCGCAAUGGUUCCCCGGCGUGACGCCCUCCAGCAACACCGCCACCUUCAAGACUUGCUACUCGUCCUGGGCUGACGCACGAGACAUCAUCAGGAGCAACAUGACCGUAUCUGGGAGUCCAGGGCACCAGGGUACUCUUCCCAUCAAUGCCAUUGAUGGGUACUACUGUGGCUAUGCAUGGCCAAAGUACAUCUUCAUUGCUUCGAGCAGUCAACCAAACUACCUACAGAUUAACUUUGGGUCGGUAGUCAAAGUGGCUGAAGUGAUCAUAAAUCAUCCUACGAACGCUGAGUAUUUUAAAUCAGUUGUAGUUCGUUUGGGGAACUCAUCUAUUGAAGCCAACACCGCUAUAAUAGCGACUCUAGCUCCUGGAGCUUUGUCGGGAUUCAUAAGUAUAAUAAAUCUCCCUACUCCAGUUCCUGGUCAGUUCCUACACCUGAGGUCUAUGAACACAGAUUACUUCCAGGUAAAUGAGGUACAAGUUAUCCGAGCCGACUAAUAACACAACUAGUUAUGUUGUUCUGCAUGUUGUUUAAUCCUCCUUCGACUGAACAAUUUGGCAUCAAUGCAAUCGUACAUGUGUGUGUACAUUUGUU